UUCCUUAAUAUUGUGGUCCUAUAUCCAAGUCUUUCCACACAUACUAGAGUGUUUCAUCUUUGAUCAGUAUAGCAUUCAUUACUCUUGGAGUUUCCUGUCAGUAGAAUUCUGGUGUCACUAUUUCUCAUUGUAUUCCCAAUGCAAACAUCCCCAGGCAGUGUGAUGCUACUGUGGAGUGCUUGUCUCAGCCCUUGAACCUAUCACCAGCUGGGGUUCAUCCUUGUCUAACAGCCACACAGAAAGAACAAAUUCUUUGCCUGUCACUAUGGACAUGCCUUUGCUGUCACAAUUGAUGCUUGUUUAUUUUGUCUGUGGUUUCUGUUCUCAUUGUGAACUUAUAGCACAACCAAGUGGUAUUUUCUGAGGCCUUCUGUGAACUAAAAUAGAGCUCAUUUGAUCCCCAUGCACUAUUGGUUUGAAAUGAUGCUCUAUCUCUGCAUCUUUUCAAUGGUGCCUAGACCUCACCCAUAGCUAGUGUUUUAUUGCUCCUACAAGUAGGUGGGACAGGACUGUAGAUUCCGUAGAGAUUAUUAGAAGCAUGGACCCACUGGUAUUCCAUUGAGGAAGAGGAGCAAAGGGCAUGUGGAAGUUAACCAGCUGACUUUUUUCUUUUCUUAGGCACUUGUGAGAAAAAUCGAUACCUCAGACAAUAUCUACAUCAUGGAGUCUACCACAGGGAACUUGUUCAGCCUGACCCAGGAGGGGGCUCCUUUGUGCCGCAUCAUAGCCAAGGAAGGUGGGGUUGUAGCCCUCUUCAAGGUCUGCCGACAGGACAGCUUCCGGUGCGUGUACCCCCAGGCGCUCCGCACACUGGCCUCUAUCUGCUGUGUAGAAGAGGGUGUCCAUCAGCUUGAGAAGGUAAAGGCAGUGGUCUCAGUGGGCUGAAGUCUCUGAGCCAGCUGGUGUUGGAAGCCUGGUGGUGACGUUUGGUCCUUUUCAUGUCGCAAGUCUAACCUAAGCCCUUCUUCUGCCAGGCCCUUUUCACAUGGAACUAUUAGGGACAUUGACUGUGAGGUAUGGGGAAACUAAGGGGAAAGGGGCCCUGGGCUCUAACCAGGAAUGACAGCUCUAAAGGGACACGAAGCAUUUCAGGCUAGGGUGACAGACCAAGAAAGUCCAGUGUGCGAGACAAGCAAGGUCCGGGUAGGAAAGCUGGUAGAGACUGGUUUGAAAGUUUGGGAUGGUUGGUCCUUUCAUGGCAGGAUGCCAGAGGAAGUGGAUCCAGAUCAUUGAUGAGCGCAAGUGGCAAGAGCAAGAUGCCAGUGGGCAUUGUGCCAGUCCCUUUUCCAUCCUUGUGACAAAUACCUGAGAAGAUCAGCUUCUGA